CUCCUCCUCUCUCACUCACUACCAGCUUUUUGCCUUCUUACUUAAUUAAGCUCUUGAUCAUCAAACAUGUCUGGGGUUUGGGUUUUCAAGAACGGCGUCGUUAGACUCGUGGACGGGGCGGAUUCCAUGCAGGGCUCCAACGCCAGGCGCAAGGUGCUGGUCCACACCCCAAGUGAGGAAGUGAUCAGCUCCUACGCCGUGCUCGAGCGCAAGCUGUUGUCGCUGGGUUGGGAGCGGUACUACGACGACCCAGACCUUCUCCAGUUCCACAAAAGAUCCACCGUCCAUCUCAUCUCUCUCCCCAAGGAUUUCAGCAAGUUCAAGUCCAUGCACAUGUAUGACAUCGUUGUUAAAAACCGCAAUGUGUUUGAAGUGAGGGACAUGUAGAUGUAGUCCUUCCUUGCUACUUGUUAUAUAUAGCUACCCUGCUGCAUGUGCUUGGUGAUGACUUAAUUGUCUGUUAAUAUAUAAUUUAUGUAUUCUUUUCUUUUCUUUUUUUCUGAUUUGGGGUUCCCUUUUGAAUUUUGGUUUGGUUUAGUUUGAUUUAGUUUGGUUUGGUUUGGUUUGAUUUGGUUUGGCUUAUAAGUGAAAUUUAAUUGGGUUUUAGUUUAGGGUUUGCUUACUGGGUGCUGUGGUUAUGUACAAAUUGAAUUUUAUAAUUAAUCAAGGAUCAUUGUGAAAUGAAAAUUGGGUCUC